CAUGUUACAUACAUAUACGUAUUUAUAGUGUACAUUUUGUGAUUAUUAUACUUCGCUAUAUUUUAUAUAUGUAAUAUGAGAUUUAAGAUAAUCAAUAUUAUCAAUUAAGAUAUAAUUGUUUAAGAAAAAAAGAAAGGAAUCUUUUCUAAAAAUAGGUAACUUAGGAUUAAAAGAAACAAUGAAACCUACUUCAAGAGCAAAAAAGAACAAAGUAACUUGUGACAAUAUUGUGAUCUAAAGAUUAUAAAUGGACUACUCGAUUCUAGUAUAAGAAACGAAAGUAACCAAUAAUAGAUAAGUUCCACUGAAUUUUGAUUGAAUAAUACUGUCCAAUCAAAACUAAUAUAUAUUUUAUAUGUUACGAUUUGUAUUAUACGUAUUUUUAUAUAAAUUUUUAGAUAUGAACUAUCUAAUUUAAAAUAACAAUAUUGAAAAACUUAAUAAGAUUCUAUUUUACAAGUUGUAUUUAUUAAAAAAAUAUCACAAAAUAAUGUCUAAAUAUUGUGAUAUAUUGCCUCAAAUACAAAAAGCUGACUUGAAUUUAAAGAUGAUAUUAGAUGAAAUAUCAAAGAUGAGAGUUAAGUGUGCCCAAAUGCAGUUAGAAAUUUUAUGUCUGUAUAAACCGCAAUGUUUACAAAUACUUGAAAUGUUGAAAACAUUAGAACAUAAUCAAAAUCCUUUUAUUGAAUUACCAUUUAUACAAGAAACGCAUUUAUUAGCCGAAAAUACAUCAUGAGUUAUUUAAACUUAUGUUAAUUUAAACAUAUUAAAUAAUAAUAGAUAUUCUUCAUUGUUCAAUUUAUUCACAUUCAAAUUGUUCUUUAUGUUUAUAGUAAUUAUAAAUUACAAGAAAUAGGAUAUUGUUUAAAUAUAUUAUAUUCAAAUUAUAGAAUAUACAUGUAAAAUAUCAAUGCAAGCAUAAAUGUAUUCAUAACAUUCAAAAUGAAUGCAAAUAAUGCAUAAAAAUAUAAUCCAUACUUUUAAUUUAUGUUUAAACCUUUAUAAUUAUAGAUAUUAAUGUAUUUUUGUGUUCAUUAUGGAUAAAAGUUCGAUAAUAAAUUUAAAAAACAAAAAAACUUGUAUUAUAGAAUAAAUCUUAAUUUUUCAUGAUAUAUAUAAACAAUAAUAUAUAUAUUGAAAUCACAAACAAAAUUUAGAAUAUGUUUUUCUUGUAAUCCCAUUUAAUAUUAAUAUUUGCGAUUCAUAUCGCUGGUAAAGAUAUAUUGUAAAAGAGUUCUAUAUAGAUUAUAUUGAUUACUAUAUUUAACACGUUGCCGCAAAUGACGGCUACAGCCGUCCGAUUUUUGGCGAUAUGUAGGCAAAUGACAGCUAUAAUCAUGUUGCACAUGACGACUGACACCCAAUUUUAUAUGGCAGUCAUAAACAAUUGAAAAAAAGAUGUUUCUGAGCACGAUCGUCAAAUUAAAAGUGUGCGACAACGUGUUAAUAAUGAAAAGAUAGCCUCUUGUACAUUUAAUAUUAUAUCAUUAAUUUUGUCUUCAUCCAAAUCAAUCAUAAAAACUUUGACCAUGUUGAUAAAAUAUAUCAUAUUAACCCCUAAGAGCUAAGGAAAAAUUCUACUAUGAUCAUUUAUUAGUAAAAACAUUGAUAAAUCAGAAAUUAAUAUCUUUAUUACCUAGUCUUAUUAUUAUCUUCUACAUUUUUCUAUGACAUUUUCUAUAGUU